UUAAAAAUGACACAUUUAUUGGGGCUUCAUAUAGAAACUCCCUGCUCUGCAAUCUCUUAUAAUUGAGCAAUAGGCACCUCCUAACGGCCCAAGCUCAGAGACACAGUAGGAUGCAGGGGAAGCCAAUCACAGCUCUGCUGCCUUCACCCAGGGAAAGAUAAACUGCAGUUCCCUGUCAGGUACACCUGCUGAUUGCUGUGCAAAGUGCCUCAGGCUCUCCUAUGAAGCCGGGGAAAGCAAAUACAUAAUGAGAGAUAUCUUGUCAAGUUAGGGGACCUUUUGGCAAUUGGCCCACUUUUACAAAAGAAAUGGCGAGUACUGACAGAGACAAGCUAUAGGUUUGAACUGGACAUGGGCACCUAACGGUUUCUGCUGGCCCAGCCAAUCAGAAUGCAGCAGAGGUGACUUAAUGAGUAACGGAUGACCAGUACCAACAGUCUUAUGAGACAGUUGGAGAGGAGAGACAGAGAGAGAGAGAGAUAGAGAAUAUGGAGACUUCAAAAGAGAGAAAGCGAAGACGACGGAGCAACGGAGAAGAACAUAUAUCUGAUGCCCCUGAGUGCAGCCAUGAUCCUAAAAGGGUCAAGCACCAGGGUGAUCGACGUGGGACCCGCAGACCAUCAGCUGGGAAGCCAGCACCUAGAAAUGAGCCAUGGUACACCUUGGCUCACAUGGGCAAUGCCCUACAGACCUUCAAGGAGUAUGGGAAAGACAGCUACCUAUACAGCAGGGGCCUUGAAGAGAAGUUUAUGGCGGUGAACUUCCUACAACAUCAGCCAGAAAUCACCUCGGCAUCAUGGUAUGAGUUCACCAGCCGUCUUAUUUGUAUCCACAGACACCUGCGGUUGGACUUUCGCUCCCUGUGCCUGACCGCCAACCUUCUGGAGCGGUUUCUUGCCUGCGCUGAUCCCAUCAAGACCACCGACCUGAAUAGAGUGGGAGCCACUUGCUUCAAUAUAGCCUGCAAGUUAGCGGAGAAAAGGAACCAAAGAAGACCGAAGCACCAAAAGCUGUUUGAUGACACCUUAACACUGAAGGAAAUGUCCCGGCUAGAGAGAAACAUCAUCCGGAAAUUGAAGUUUCGACUGGAGGCGCCCACCAUGGACUACUUUAUGGAGCACUUCACCCUCCUGAGAGUAGCCAGUCAGAAGGACUCACCAAAAGCAGCCAUUGCACUGACGGCAGCUAGAGGCAUUGCAGCACUGAGCCUGACACACCAUCAGGACUUUUACACUUAUGCACCAUCUGUUAUGGCUCUGUGCUGCCUCAAAGUAGCCGACAAAUUCCAUCCUUCAGGCAAAGCUGUCAAGGUGGAUCCUGCUGACUACCCGGACCAUCUAAUAGAAGAGUGCGUCAAAAAGAUCAUCACUCUGAUUUCCUCCAAGCCGGGCUAUUUACAUGGACUGCUUCCAGAAGUGUUUCCGAAGACACUGCCAGCAUUAACUGGAGAUAACAGAACUCGUCCAGUGAGCCAUGGGGUCGAGACAUCACCCAGAAGAAGCAGAACAUCGCAGCAGGAGACUGACGCAAGCGCCUCCCAGCAACAACCCGAAGGCGGCGAGCCAGCAGCAUCCAGGCAGGCAACGGCUUCCAACCACUUGGAAACUGCACAGGGAUCCGGCGACUCCAGCUACCAUCAAGGAGUAAUUUACAAUCCUUCAUACCCCUACUGGCCGGCAUACAUGCACCCACACAUUCCCACAUACCCAUACAUGCACCCAUACAUGCACCCAUACAUGCAACCUUACAUGGCCACACACCCACACAUGCAACCUUACAUGCACCCACACAUUCCCACAUACCCAUACAUGCACCCAUACAUGGCCACACACCCAUACAUGCAGCCUUACAUGUACCCAUACAUGCAGCCAUACAUGCACAACACAGACCUUCAUGCACCCAGCACAGACACACAUACACUUACUGACAGUCAUACAUGAACACAAACAUGCUAAUCUUCCCCUGCUACAUACACACAGAACCCCAUUUCCAAUGUAUUUUGGUAAAGCUCCAUAGGGCGCAUUGAUCCUGGGAGUAAUUCCGAUUGCCGUUUAGGAGUCAGGAAGGAAUUUUUCCUUUAGUGAAGCAGAUUGGCCCAAGCUUCUCUUCAGGUUUUUGCCUUCCUUGGGACCAAACAGCCCUAUGUGGUGGGGUUACCAGGCCCUCUGGUGAUGGGAGGACACGUAUAGAAGGUGCAUUUAUGCUGCAGCGUGCAGCUCUUUCUAUAUGUGCCCUCUGAUUUCCAGUGAUCUGGUAACCCUGGAGCUCAUGUCAUCGAUAGGGUUCUGUUAAGAACCCUCAUUACAGGAAAACAAUAAAGCUGUGAUCAUCACACAUUCACCUCAAAAGAGUUGUCCGUGUCUUUUUUCAUGGUUUGGGGACUGGGGGAAAAGCUCUGUCUAAUUAAAGAGGACUCAUUGUGUUAAAGACAAGUAU